GACAUAUAACUGGAACCUUUUAUGGAAUCUUACUCUUAAAAAAAUCAAUAUCCCAGUUUUCAAUUUUCAUUACUGCAUUUCCUCUUCUCCCAUCAAUUCCCAAACAAACCCCUCCAAGUUCCCAAGAUUCCCACGCAAAACAUCCGUUUCCGCUAGUAGAAUUUGAAAACCCUGAAUCCGAAAUGGCCGAAGAUGGAGAAGAGAAAGAGGAGGAUGUCCAGCAAGAAGAACAGGAAGAUGAAGAUAUCGAAGGGGCUUCGUCAGAAACCGAUUCGUUCAUCGACGACGAUAAUGAAUUAGCCGCAGAAGAAGCAGAAUUGCUUCCCGAGGAGCCUUUGACAGAAGAAGAAAUUGAAGAGCUCAUUGCUGAACUUCUUGAAGUUGAAAGUAAGGCUGCAGAGGCACAAGAGGCUCUAGAACUAGAGUCACUGGCAAAAGUGGAGGCCGAUGUUAGGGCAGAGCUGGCUCAAGAACUCACUGUUGAUGAUUUAGAAGGUGCGGUUGCUGAAGAGAUGAAGAUAUAUAAACUGGAGUGGGAAAAUGUGCUCGAUGAACUUGAGACAGAAAGUGCUCAACUUUUGGAGCAACUGGAUGGUGCUGGAAUUGAACUUCCAAGUCUAUAUAAGUGGAUUGAAAGUCAAGCUCCCAAUAGUUGCUGCACUGAAGCAUGGAGAAGGAGAACUCAGUGGGUUGGAUCUCACGCGACAAGCGAUUUUAGUGAAGCUGUCAUUGAUGCUGAGAAAUAUCUUGAUAUUAAUAGACCUGUAAGAAGAAAACAUGGCAAAAUUCUAGAAGAAGGGGCUAGUGGGUUUUUAAGUAGAAAACUUACUGGAAAUGGUAGCAAUGAAGAAUUGGACACAGGAGUAGAUUGGUCUUCGUUCAACAAAAUGUGCUCUGAUAAGUCAUCUUUGGAUAAUGUCUCAUUUGGAAGCAAGCAGUGGGCUUCUGUUUACCUGGCUAGUACCCCACAGCAAGCUGCUGAGCUGGGUCUAAAGUUUGCCGGAGUAGAUGAGGUUGAAGAGAUUGAUGAUAUUGAUGAUGAUCCAGUUAAUGUCAUUAUUACCGAUCUAUCUGAAGAGCAGAAGAGAAAAUUUAGGAAGGUCAUGGAGGAAGACGAUGUCAAAAUUGAUAAGAAACUUCAGAGACGUCUGAAAAGGAAUAGAAACAGGCGGAAAUCUGAAACAACAGACCAAGUCACUGACUGUGACCAACGUUAUAGCUCUGAUCAAGAUUUGGAAACCCAAUCACACGGAUCUAGUGUUUUUGUGAUGGGCAAGGAAAAAUGCAACGAUGACUCUUCAGUUGUUGAUGCGAGAGGGUUGAAACGUCAGCUUGAAACUGAUGAAUCUGAUGCUGAAAAUAGAAAGCGUCAGGUCAUUAUUGUAGAUUCUGAGGGGGAAGACGAAGAUCUUGCUGCUGAUAGAUCUUCUCCAGCAUGUGAUUUGAGUACGACGAUGGAUCAAUGGAAUUCAGAAGGUUAUAAAGUGGAUAUGUUGCCUUCAGAUUCUCUUCCUGUGAUGAAUGAGAACAAAACCUUUCGUUGCACUGCUUGUGAUAAGCUUACUAACAAAGUACAUCGACAUCCACUUUUGGAUGUUAUUGUCUGUAUGGAUUGCAAAACCUUGAUGGUAGCAAAGAUGAAGGAUGUUGAUUGCUCAGAGUGCUACUGUAGAUGGUGCGGACGGAGCAGUGAUUUGUUAAGUUGUAGGCUGUGCAAAGCAUUAUUCUGUAGUUUAUGCAUACAAAGGAAUCUCGGCAAGGAACUUUUGUCAGGAAUUAAAUCAUCUGGUUGGGAGUGUUGCUGUUGUUCACCAACUAUCAUAAAAAAAUUGACUUUAGCAUUAGAGAAAUCUAUAGAAUCUAGAGAUCUAGCUACAGAUGAUUCAAGUUCUGAUUCGAGUUCUGAUUCGGAUACUGAAAAUUCAGAUGCUGCAGCAAACAUCCAGACCAGUACUAAAAGAAGGCAGAAGAAGAGAAUUCGCAGAAUCCUCGACGAUACUGAAUUGGGAGAAGAGACUAAAAGGAAAAUUGCAAUUGAAAAGGAACGCCAAGAGCGUCUUAAAUCAUUGGGGGCACAAUUCUCGAGCAAAGCAAGGAUGAUGAGUUUUGGAGACUUGAGUAAGAAGUACUCUGAAAAUGGUAAUGUUGAAAUGCUUGGCGAUUCGAAGACAGGAUAUGUUGUUAAUGUGGUGAGAGAUGAAGGUGAAGAGGCUGUUAGGAUUCCCCCCAGCAUGUCGGCAAAAUUGAAAUCUCACCAGGUUGCAGGCAUUCGAUUUAUGUGGGAAAAUGUAAUUCAGUCCAUUAAAAACGUGAAGUCUGGAGAUAAGGGUCUUGGUUGCAUCCUAGCUCAUACUAUGGGUUUAGGUAAAACUUUUCAGGUAAUUGCAUUUCUGUAUUCUGCAAUGCGAUGUGUUGAUUUAGGGUUUAGAACUGCUCUCAUCGUCACACCUGUUAGUGUUCUGCAUAAUUGGAGGCAUGAAUUUCUAAAAUGGAGGCCAACAGAACUGAAACCUCUUCGUAUCUUUAUGCUUGAAGAUGUUCCAAGGGAGAAGAGAUCUGAAUUGCUGCAGAAAUGGAGAACUAAAGGUGGUGUUUUUUUAAUUGGCUAUGCUGCUUUUCGAAAUCUGUCUUUGGGAAAGCAUAUAAAGGACCGUCAAAUUGCAAGAGAAAUCUGCCAGUCACUCCAGGAUGGGCCGGAUAUACUAGUGUGCGAUGAAGCUCAUAUCAUAAAAAAUACCAGGGCUGAUGUCACACAAGCCUUGAAACAAGUAAAAUGUCAGAGACGGAUUGCUUUAACUGGGUCUCCUCUACAGAACAACUUGAUGGAGUACUAUUGUAUGGUAGAUUUUGUUAGAGAAGGAUUUCUUGGAAGCAGCCACGAAUUCGGAAAUCGAUUUCAGAAUCCUAUAGAAAAUGGUCAACACGCCAAUUCUACUGAUGAGGAUGUGAAGAUUAUGAACCAAAGGUCUCAUAUUCUCUAUGAACAAUUAAAAGGAUUUGUGCAGAGGAUGGAUAUGAGUGUUGUGAAGAAAGAUUUGCCACCAAAAAUUGUCUUUGUAGUGUCUGUUAAGCUUUCUCCUUUACAGAGAAAAUUAUACAAAAGGUUUCUUGAUGUGCAUGGUUUCACGAAGGAUAAGGUUACUGGUGAAAAGAUAAGAAAGAGAUCUUUUUUUGCAGGAUAUCAAGCCUUAGCUCAGAUAUGGAACCAUCCUGGGAUAUUGCAACUAAUGAAAGAAAACAGAGAUGCUACUAAGCGUGAAGAUACUGUUGAAAAUUUCAUUGUCGAGGAUUGCUCAAGUGAUGAGAACACAGACAAUAAUGUGAUUCCUUCAGAAAAACCAAAUCAAAACAAUGAUUUACCACUCAGAAAAGAUGCCACCGGCUUCCUUCACGGGGACUGGUGGAGUGAUCUUCUAAAAGAAAAUAGUUACAAGGAGGUUGAUUAUAGUGGUAAAAUGGUUCUACUUCUUGAUAUCCUGUCCAUGUGCUCUAAUGCUGGUGACAAAGUACUAGUCUUUAGCCAGAAUUUGGCAACACUGGACCUGAUUGAGCUCUACCUUUCAAGAUUGCCACGUCCUGGGAAAAAGGGAAAGCUUUGGAAGCAAGGGAAAGACUGGUUCAGAUUAGAUGGAAGAACAGAACCUUCCCAAAGACAGAAAAUUGUUGAGAGGUUUAAUGAGCCAUUGAAUAGAAGGGUGAAAUGCACUUUGAUAUCAACCAAAGCUGGAUCUCUCGGUAUCAACCUCCAUGCUGCUAACCGAGUGAUUAUUGUUGAUGGAUCAUGGAACCCAACUUAUGAUCUUCAAGCUAUAUAUAGGGCUUGGAGGUAUGGACAAACAAAACCUGUUUUUGCGUACCGGUUGCUGGCACAUGGAACGAUGGAGGAAAAAAUAUAUAAGCGUCAGGUUACGAAGGAAGGCCUGGCUGCAAGGGUAGUUGAUCGGCAGCAAGUGCAUCGAACCAUGUCAAGAGAAGAGAUGCUGCAUCUGUUUGAAUUUGGAGAUGAUGAUGGUGCUGAUGGCCGGUCUCGAGAAUUCCAUGGCCUGGGCCGAGACAGAAAAAAGGCCUAAAGGUCUUAUUCCUAAUGACUUAACGAAUUAAAGUGUGUAAAUAAAUUAUAUUUGAAUUACAAUUAACGUAAUAAUAAUUUACUAAAAUGAGUGAAUUAAAAUCAUAGUAAAGGGUUUAUAUAUACUUAUAUCCCCAAAUCAAUGUUCUGGAAAUUA